AAAAUAGAAUCAAAAAUGAGUUCUCUAGUGCUCCUAACUUUACUGCUGUUCAUAAACCCUACUCUUGGAAAGUUUAGAGAACAAUUGAAUUUGAUUCAGCCUUACCUUGAAAACUUUAUUGAUCCUUCUCAUCCAUGUGUUGCAUCCCUCCUUGGAGACUGGACUCAUCAGGAGACAAGUACAGUGAAGAAAAUGAUAAAAACAAAGAUGUUACUGAAUGAGGUAGAUACUAUUGGUAUGAAAGCUGGAGCUGGUUUGGAACACUGCCAUCUUAUGAUAACUAACAUUAAUUCUUCACAGGAAGAGGAUUUAGAAAAAAAAUUUUGUUUGUCAAAAAGGAAAACAGAUUGUAUUUUUAUCAAAAUAACUGAUGAUGAAAAUGAAAAAGACUUAGGUAAGUCAAGUCUGGAGAUUGUUAUGAAGAAUGAUUUAAGUAUCUUGAACCUUCAUUUCUCAGCCUGUAAACAGAUAUACAGAAGUGUUAGUAUACAUAAUCAUAAAUACAAUAGAACUACAAGAAAUGAUAGAGUCAGGAUAAAGCAUUUAUGUACAUUAAAAGGUGUUCCUAGGGACAGAUCACAAUCAUUGAAGGCAAAUGAUCUUGAAGGAAUAAAAGUACUUGUUGAGCGCUUUUCAAUGAUAUGGUAUUUCAGGGGAUCCUACAAUGGAACAAAUAAGGCUGGGGAGACAAUGAUUCCCUCUGGUAUGACUUACUCCACAUUCUAUCUGUUUGCUGAAAACUUUGGUCUGACCUUUACCAUGAAUGAGGAAAACCGUUGCAGCAUAACCAACGAAACAUUUUUUACUGGUGGUUGUAAACAUGUCUUAGAUGGCGAAAUAUUUGCUUACAUUCAAUUUCAGGAAGUAAGAUUAUUCUAUGGCCCCAAUAAUACAAAAUUUUUUGACAAAGUUAGCUUUAUUCCUGUUUCUUAUGCUGGAUCAACAGUAGUUUGUCCCUUGCCUGUUAAAAAAACUAACUUCCUUCAAAUCAUUCAACCAUUUAGUUAUGAGGUUUGGAUAAUGGUCACAGCAGUAACUGGAUUUUCUAUUCUUUCUUUUUACUUAUUGGUGCUUCUAAAUGCAUACCUUCUAUCUUACAAAACCAACAUCACAUUAGCUGAAAUUGGACUUUUUUCUUUUGGUGCAUAUUUUCAAGAACCAUUUCAGAAAAAGAUAAGAGAAGGGAAGCGUUUCAUUCAGUGCUAUCAGUUUUUUUGGUUGCUAUGGACAUUUUUCAUAAUGGCCUCAUGGCAAUGUGACUUAAGAGCAAACUUAAUGGCUAUAGAUUAUGAACCAGAAAUAAGAUCAAUGGAGCAGUUUCUAACACAAUCAAAACGAAAGAUACACAUUUCCUACCAUUAUAAGCAAGGAGAAACAUAUAAACUAGAUGUUUUCAAUGGACUAAAGUAAAAAUACCAACAAUAACUUUUUAAAACACUUUCCUUUCAAAAUAUUGUUAUCUUGAAUUAAAUUUUAAUAUUUUUUUACCUACAGACAUCAUUUAAUUCAGUUAUUUUUGACUCAGUCUGUGUUACGCUUGCACACACAGCAUAUGUAGAGUCUGUGAAAUGCCCCUGUUCUGUGGGAAAUUCCUAUUUACCCCAGCAACGGAUGGAUGUUCUGUACAAGUGUUUUCCAGGGAGAGUUGAAGAUGAAGAAAAACCUGUUCUACCGUUUAUUUUUCUUUACUGCGCAGAAGCAGAUUACACAUGUGUUCUUUGUUUAAAAGUUUUUACAGUAUAUUUAUCGGACUUGGAUUUAGUUUUUUAGAAUGUUUCUAGUGGUUAUUUGUGCUGAAAACUGCCUAUAACUGUGGUAAAUAUGCUUUUAAAUGUUAAGAUAGCUUUUUUUCUUGUAUUGGAUGUAUAUGUAAGAAAAUGUCUUUGUAAAUAUUAAAAUAAUUUGUUGUUCUUUGUAUUGGAUAAAUGUAUGAUAAAUAUUGGUUAUUUUUUUUAAUGCCUAAUGGGUAUAACAUCUUUUAAUUCCCUGUAAACUAAUUUUUAAUAUGCCCAUCAAAAGCUUUUUCUGUGAAAUAAAUGAAUUUCAUUUUACCAGACUGAAGCUGCUAAACCUGAAUAAAGUUCGAAGCUCUUUCCCUGUGUUUUAUUCAUCAUGAGGAAGAGCGAGAGUCGGGGUGCUUAUAGUUCGAUUCAAAGAAGUUCAGCACAGUAUUAACUUUGUAUAACCUAGGGCAACACCAGUUGCGAAACAGUUAAAAGAAAAUUUUAACUUAUAGCUUAAAAUUAACAAAAUGUUUUUUUCAGGAAACAAGGGCGCUAUGUUGUUCGUGAGUAAGAAAACAAAUUAUGUUUUAAUAUUUUAUUUUUAAUUUCUUUACUUGUAAUUUUGAAAAAUCUGAUGCUUUAGGCAUAAAAGCUUUAAAAUUAACUAGGUAGCAGUUUACACUGUUACACUGUUACACUGAAAAAAAUUUUCUCUUGUAUUUUUGUUGUUGACUUUUUAAGGCUUACCUUUGUUUUUAAGAAAAAUUAUGAAUCUUCAAGAAUCACAUUUUUUUGUUCCUUUUUGUGUAAGAAUAUACAAAGUAACCAUUGACAACGUUUCGGAUCUUUAUAUAUGCAUUUUGACUUUUCCAAUAAAUGAAAAA